UUACAACGAGUGGAUCAAAUACAAACAUCCUAUCAUGGCGGCUUUACUAUGAAUAAUAGUAUUUUUAUUGUUAUAGUGAAAUAGGCUAAAUUAAGUAAGCCCUUAACUAUAAAUUAUUAACAGUAUUCAUCAAGAACAUAUUAGAACAUGGACAGUAGUGAUCAGAGUGUUGAAGAGACUGUAGGGAAAGAUACAGAAGCUGUGACUGAAUCUUCAGACAUUGGUGAUGGCACAAACAGUGAGAAUAACAACACUGUAGAUGAUGUGGCAGAGUCUCUGAAUGAUCAGUCUGCUGACUCUGUGUAUCAAGAUGCCGAAGAAAAUUUAGAGACACUAGGUGCAGAGGAGACGGCUGUUGAGAAUAUGGAAACAGAAGACAACAGUGAAGCCAAUGCCCGAGAUAUUUUAUCUGGUGAUGACACAGAAAUUCUGAAUGAGAGUGUUUCUGUUCCUGAUUCCACAAAUAAUGAUGUGGAUUUGGAUAAUGUUAGUCAAGAGUCAGAGGCUCUGGAAGAAAGCUCAUUGGUUGAAGAGGAAACUGAUACAAAUACAAUGGAUAAUGUAACCCCUGCUGCUGAAGGAGUGUCUAAUGAUGAUGAUGAAGAAGAAAAUGAAACAAUAGAAAGAAAAGUAAAGCAAGCUAGUGUUGACUUAGAAGAGUCAAGUGACGAGAAAUCACCAGCAGCACCUGAUGAUGGUUCUCAGAAAGACAUAGAGAGUGAUGAAUCCCCUAGUGGGGAGGGAUAUAAGGAAAGUACCCAGGAUGUGGACACAGGAGAUGAGAACAUUGUAUCACAGAGCAGUGAUGGGGAAACAAGGGAUAAGGUUGUUGCAGAAGGCACAUCGGAUGACGAGGAAAAGGCUGAGGAUAGGGCAGAAAGUACGCAUGACAUUGAUGAGAGUUCUGAAGGUACACCUGAUAUGGAGGAUAGAGCUGAGGGUUCGCCUGAUAUGGGGGACAGAGCUGGAGGUACACCUGAUGUAGAGGACAGUGCUGAUGGUACACCUGACAACGCUAGACCCAGAGAACUUGAGGAUAGUGUUCUGGCUGAAGAUAAAUCUGAGAAAGAGGAAGAUGUGGAUUCCGGUAAGAACUUUUCUGAGACGGAAAGUGUGGAAAAAAUUUCAAUUUCAUCAGAUAAAAACAAUCACAUCAGUCCAGAGGGCAAUAUUUCUAGAGAAGAUUCUACUGAAUUUGAACAGUUUUCAGAGAAAGUGAUCACCGAAAGGCUGGAUGAAUCUGAGGGUUUUAUCACUGAGCCCACCGCACUGGAGGUUAACUCAGAGAACCUUGAGCUCGCCUCACACUCACCAACAGAUGAGGAUCCUUUAGCAUCUAGAGAUGUGCCUGGGGAGGAUGCACCCAGCCAGAACCCCCAAGGUGAUGUCUCAUCCGACACCGCUUCACCUGCUGCCUUCAAUAAGAGACAAAGAAAAGUAACAACUAAAUUACGGGAAAUGAAAGAAAAAUUACCUACAGAAACAUCAGCACCCGCCACUCCCAAGGGGAGAAAACCCAAAACGCCAGCCUCUAAGAAGAAAUCCACACCAGCGACCUCUGCCUCUAUUAAAUCACCAGCCAAAGCUUCCACUCCAAAAUCUAAAAGACCUGACACUCCAAAGACAGCGAGAUCUGUUAGUCCCAAGUCAACACCUACCACCACCACGCCCAAGCAAAAGCCCAAUGAAGAAUGUAAACAGCUAGAAAAUGGCUGGAGGUUAAAGGUUGUCCAAAGACUGUCUGGAGUUUCUGCUGGCAAAUAUGAUAUUUACUAUUACAGUCCUGACAACAGAAAAGUGCGCUCUAAAACAGAGUUAAUGAACUUUAUAAAAACAAAUAAUUAUGACGUGGAUUUAGCUUUGUUUGAGUUCAACGCAAACAAGCUAAAAGAGAAAGGGUUGAUAGACUUGGACAGUGUUGUGGAGGCUAGGCCCAGAGCACAACCAAAAGCUCAGUCUGAAAAAAAAGUUCUAAAGGUUAAAGAGGGUGGAGUGAAGAAAGCUAAGACUGGAUUCUUAAACAACAAGUCCUUGUUUAAAAACGCCAAGUUGUCAGUUAAUGAAAGCGGAGAGCAGCUAAAGGGCAAGAAAAAAAGUUUGUUCGGCAAGAAGGAAGUAGCUCCUGAGGAAGGUAAAGAUCAGCAGCCGUUGCAGAAAUUGGUCAUUAAAAUGCCGUUUGGGAGUGGGUUUGGUAAAAGUAAAAUGUCUAAAAAAGAAACAAGUCAGAUCAGAUCUUACUUCGCACCUUCUGGUGGCUCGGGGGACGAGGAGCCAGAUCACCCUGACGUGGGCUCCGGGGAGGAGUCCACUGAGGUGGUCAACAAGUCUCCAACUCCUGCCCCGUCUGGCAAAAAGCGUGGAAGAAAACCCAAGAAAGAUCUGGCAGAUGGAAGUGAGCUGACAACCUCGCCUCUGAAUGAAAGUAGGGGAUUCUCUGUCGAUUCCAGCCAAGAUGACACCAUCGCCACGCCCCCACCUGCGAAGAAGAAACGUGGCCGUCCCAAGAAAACUGAAACCAGUGGUUAUUUCAAAACAGGGGAGAUGAUCAGUCUGAUACCCAAACCUCAAGUUGAAGUCAAAGAAACCGAGACAACAAGUACAGCAGAAACACCCAGCUCUGCUGUCUCCCCCAUUCCCAAUGAAAAUGGAUCACACAGUUCCUCCCAUUCAUCCAAGAAAAAAGGCCCUGGUAGGCCUAAAACAAAACAGACCCCAGUCAAACACCCUGAGGACCACUUAACAGAAGCCACGGCUGGAUCUAAAACUCCCAAAAGGAAGAUUGAAGAAGACUUAGACAAAGAAGUGAAAAGAAAAAAGCUAGACUUGGAGGAACCAUUACCACAAGAGAAUGGACACGUUGAAGAUGAAUUGGAAAAGCUGAAAGAAUCUGAAGAAAUAGAUACACAAAUUACUCACAAUCAGGAGACAGAAGAAACAGUAGAAGAUUCUGUUCAUUUGAAUCAAGACACUGAGAGAUUAGUCGCAGAAGAUACACCUAAUAAUGAUGAUAAACCUAGUAAUGAUGAUAAACCACACAAAAAUGAGAUUCUUUCGGAAGGCUCUCCCUCAAUAACUCCUCCCCCAAAGAAAAGAGGCAGGCCGGCAAAAGCCAAAACACCUGUAGAAGGAGGCUCUUCGUUAAAUAAAUCACAAGAUUCUAGCAAUGCAAACUCAUCGCAGCAUAGUUCACCACAUUUAUCUCCCAAAAAAAGAGGGAGACCACCUAAAAGUAAAAGCGGGGAAUUCACAAAAAGCACACCACUUAACCAGCAAGAUCAAACCCUACCGUCCGAAGGAGAUGAUUCACAUGGUAAAAUAGUACCUGAAGAAAUGUCUUGGGAAGAUUACCAGAGGCAGUUGGAGCCUGAUCAGGUGGUGCCCCGGUCAGGUGACACAAGGAAGAGUUUGCCUUUUGAAGACAGUGAGAACUCCCUGAUUGAGUUCCUCUCUGUACAGAAUGGCAUCACAAACAAAGAACCAUGUGAAAUAACAGCGGAAAUGAUCCUGGGUAAUGCCUCAAAUAAAAGCAAAUAUUUUAAAAAGUCUGGAGGGUUGGCCCCGCCAAAACUAAGACAAACAGAUAAAUGGAUUCCACCUAGAUCUCCAUUUUGCCUUGUGCAAGAGUCCUUGUUCCAUGAUCCUUGGAAGCUGUUGAUAGCUACUAUUUUACUCAAUAAAACAACAGGUCGGCAAGCUAUCCCAACAUUGUGGAAGUUCCUGAACCGCUGGCCCUUACCACAGCUGGCCUGUCAAGCUGAUGAGGAAGAGAUGGCUAACUUGUUGUUUCCAAUUGGUCUCAAUUACACCAGAGCAAAGACAAUCAUCAGAUUCUCUGAUGAGUACCUAACUAAAAAAUGGUCAUACCCCAUAGAGCUCCAUGGAAUUGGCAAAUAUGGCAAUGAUUCCUACAGGAUAUUUUGUGUUAAUGAAUGGAAGCAGGUUGAACCUGCAGAUCACAAGUUGAAUGACUAUCACCAGUGGCUUGUAGCUAAUGCAAAACGGCUGGGUAUUAGUUGAAUCACGUUAGAGAGUUGUGUAUUGUUUGUUAUAUAGGGGAGUCAUGAUUUUUAUUUUGUUAAAAUAAUUGUAAGACAGAUGAGACAGUAGUUUGCUAUAUUUACAAGAUUUCUUUAUUUAUACCAUUGUUCUGUUUAUUUCAUGGAUUUAAAAAUUUGACAUAAAAAAAAUCAAACAUUUUUUAAAUAAAAAUUUGCUGUAAUUUUUAAAAUGUAUGAUCAUCAUAGCCAGUGGUGCUACAGCCCAUAGAGGGAUCUUUUUAGCGCCAGAAUUUGUUUUACGUUUAUUUAAUGUAUAAUUUGAACUUGUUAAAGUAAUAUAGUAAUUUAACUGGGAAGGCACAAGCCAUCAUCAUAUUUUUGAAAACUUGAGAAAGGAUAUGGACAUUAGGGUUUUAGAAUUAUGUUAUGUCAGCGAUAACCUUUAUAUGAUGUAUCUUUCUUGACUUGACAAAAUACUUCCUGCUAAAUAUGGUUUUGUAAAAAUAUGUAUUUUUUUUUGUAAUCAAUACAAAUCCAGAGUAAGAUUUUAAAUGAUUUAUUUAGGAUGUAUUUUUCCAAACUGUUUAACAUUGAAUUUUACAUUAUUUGUAUUAAAAAAUAAACUAAUAUUGUAAUAAGGCAAAGAAACCAGAUUUAAUGAAGACUUGAAUCUGAAAUUUGUUAACUUAAACAUAGACAACAAUUAAAAUAUAUUCCCUAUGCCUACUCUUUUCUCUCCUUUCUUCACCCUCUCCACCCUGUUGCAAAUUUUCUUUACUAAAAUUUGUUUAUGGAGUUGUUCUAUUGUUGACAACAUUCAAAAGUUCUUUACUGCUUUAUUUUUAAAGCAGAAUAUGCAUUUUGGGGUCUCUCCUGUUUUUGCUAAAUUAUGGGAUAUUUUGUAAUGCACUGAAGUUUAUUUUUUUAAUUACAUUUUUUUUCUCAAAUUGAAUUUGAAAGUACUAUACAAGUUCAAUGAUUGAAGCAUUGAUUUUUACUUUAAAAAUAACAAAUACACACACUAGUAAGCUACAGUAUUAAAACGUUCACUGCGCUUAUGUCAGCACAGAUCCAUAUUUAACUUCCCUCCUUGGUUUCAUGUAACCAAGCUAAAUAAUUUAGUAUAAGAAAUUGGCGAAAACGUUUUUUUUCUCAACAAUUGGGUCAGAUAUGAGGAAUAGAUUUGACGACCAAAUGGCAUUGACAAUUGUUUUCUUCUCUCGAUCUUGAGUACCGGUCCCCCCUUAAGUGUGUCAUACUGAAAUUUUGCUAGUCUUUCAAUCAUAAACUUUUGAUUUAUGUUUUAAACCAUCUAUGGAAGCAUCUCAUUUUAGUUCAGGUCGUUUAUUUUGUGUGUGUGUUCAAAAAUACAUUUUUUUUAAUUUAUAAAACCAAUAGUAUAAAAAUUGCAGUGCAUACGACACAAAGACUUGUCAUUUUCAUCAUGAUAUAAAUAUUUGUCUUGGCUAUCUGAACUAUUGUUUUGUAUUACACCAUGCAAUUCUGAGUUUCUGUAACUAAAUUUUUAUGACCAUGUUACUGUAAAAUAAAAAUAUAUGUAAACCAUU